ACUCCGAAUCACUCCAGGGCGCGAGGGGCGUGGGCUUGACGAAACUCCGCCCCUGGGCGUGGCCUGGCGGCGGGGCGCGGCGGGUUCCCUCGGGGUCCGGGCUGGCGGCCACUCGGCGGCCACGGCGCGAUGGAGUCGCCGGUCGAGCUGCUGGCCGCGCUACCCGCGCUGGUCACGGCGCUGGCGCUGCUGCUCGCCUGGCUGCUGCUGCGGCGUGGGGCGGCCCGGGUCCCGGCCCCGGAGAGCACCGCCUCGGACGAGGCCCCCGGGGCUCCUGCGCCGCCUGAACCUCCAGAGUCUUGCGCCCCGGAGCCUGCACCGGAGGGACCGAGCCAGUCCGAGCGCGUGGCGGAGCCGGAGGAGUCCGAGGCGGAGGAGCCAGCGGCCGAGGGGAGGCAGGAUGAAGACUCAGACAGUGAGAUGGGGCCACCCACUGAAGAACCUGAGGAAGAAGACGGAGCAGCCUUCUCCUUUAAAUACAGCCCUGGGCAGCUGAGGGGAAGCCAGUACAAGAAGAUGAUGACCAAAGAAGAACUGGAGGAGGAACACAGGAUUGAGCUGACCUCUGACCUCACCUCCCUGUAGCGAGUCCCCUAGUCCCGGGCCACAAAUGUUCUUGCAAACCCUUGUGAACUGAAGAAUAAUGAAGGUGUCCUUAGCCUCUUCCUGAAAGCUUUCCUUCCUUUUGACAUCCUAAAAGCUUGAGAGAUUUAAAAAAAAAACAAAAACACCCCCCCCCCCCCGAGGAGCCAAUGCAGGCUGGGGUGCGUCCCUGGGCUAGCAAGAUCCUGGGCAUGGCCUUGUCUCUGUCCUCCUCAGAGGAGGAAGCUUGCCAGCAGUAUGGGCUCAGGCUUUGAGCUUUUCUUACCAGCCAUGUUUGCUCCCCACAGCCUUUGUGCCCCCCCCCCACACCCUGUUCCCACAAUCCCUCUGUGUUUUUGUUCUCACUGAAGCCAAACCACCAGAUUUGAGAAGUAAUAGACAAAGGAAGUGAAGUCCACUGGUACUCACGGGUGGUCACCCACACUCACACACACACACACACACACACACACACACACACUCACACACACACACACACACACACACACACACACACACACACUCACACACACUCACACACACACACACACUCACACACACACACUCACACACACACACUCACACACACACACACACACACACACACACACACACAUGUGGGGCUGGGGCACUUUCCUCUCAGGCCGGAAUGACUCAUGUCAGGCAUUAGCUUUAAUAGGGCCUCCGUUUUGUGCUCCCACCCCCACCACAGGAGUCUCGGGUCCAACCCUCUCAAUACUAAGAAGCCUUCCCAGUAGUGUUCUUACCGGCUCAGCCCAGUCUCCACUUCUGCGUGCAGAAGCAAUGACAGUAUUAGCCUCCAGGAGACUUCUGGGCCGUGCAUUUUCUAAGUUUUUUUUUUUUCUAGAUGGCUUAGAACCUCAGCAGAUACUCACUCACCGUUCCCAGGUUAGGUUUUUUUAGAAUUUUAUAUUUGAUAGUAUUUAUACCAAAUGACUUGGAAGUCAUAGACUUGUUGGUGAAAACGUUUUUUUCUAAAGCACUAGUUUUUUUUUGUUUUUUUUUGUUUUUUUUUUAAGAAGACUUCCUAUUUAACAGAAGCCUGGAAAAUGUCCAGCAUCAACUCCUAAGCCGUGUAUUCCCGACGGUCUCCUCCCUGAUAACUCGGGUUCCGGGCUUAGGGCUGAACAGACGACAAAGCAGCUGUACACACACAAACUGUGCACACACACACACUGCCUUAGCUAGACACAGAGCCACAUGACCAACAGUCACACUCAACUGUCCCUAAACAGCAAUAGCCAAGUCCCUGCCUAUGCUGGGAUCUCCUCCACAUAGAAUAGCGAUUUCCUCUGGAUAUGGUUAGCUAGGCUUGUGUGGAACCUGAGCAUGGCUUGUGGGCAGCAAGGCCCUGGCACUGCUGGCGGCUUGGCUCCCUGUGUUCAGCCUGUGUUCAGGCCAAUAAACAUCGAGUAGAGAACCUUG